UGCGCUGAGCCGCCGCUGUUUGUUAUUGUGGGCGGGUUGCGGGUUGUAUGUGGAUGUGCAGUUCGUGGACGGCCUGGAGGAUUGUUGUGGCCGGAAAUCCGUGAUAGAGAGGAGCCGGGAGUAGGGACAUUGCGGAGUGACAAGAGCUCGCUGUGCUGUCUGGUACAGGCUGUCAACAGGCGGCGCUGUGUCGUGUGACGCGGGCGGAGAGUGGGCCGAGGCCUCGGAUAUGGAUCCCAGGAGACUCUGAGGAGACGCGCACAGCUUGACUUCAGUUUGCCGCAAAGGGAACCAACAUGGGUGCAAAAGAGAAACUAGAGGCCAUGCUGAAUGUGGCCCUGCGCGUUCCAAGCAUCAUGCUGCUGGAUGUCUUGUACCGUUGGGACGUCGGCUCUUUCUUCCAGCAGAUCCAAAGAAGUAAACUCAACAACAACCCUCUCUUCCAGUACAAGUACCUGGCACUCAACAUGCAUUACGUCGGUUACAUCCUGAGUGUUGUACUUCUGACUUUACCUCGACAACACCUUGCAAAGCUGUACCUAUACGUUGUAACCGCUUUACUGCUCUAUACUGGACACCAGAUUUCCAGGGACUAUGUUCGCAGUGAGAUGGAGUCCGGCUACGAGGGGCCUAUGCAUCUGGAGCCCUUGUCUAUGAACAGGUUCAUCACGGCACUAGUAGGUCAGCUGGUCGUCUGUACCCUGUGUUCCUGUGUGAUGAAGACAAAGCAGAUCUGGCUGUUCUCAGCUCACAUGCUCCCCCUGCUGGCUCGUCUCUGCCUUGUCCCAAUUGAGACCAUUGGCGUCAUUAACAAGUUUGCCAUGAUUUUCACUGGACUUGAAGUGCUGUACUUCUUGGCGUCCAACCUGCUGGUGCCCUUUAAUCUUGCUAAGUCUGCAUACAGGGAGCUUGUUCAGGUGGUAGAAGUCUAUGGCCUCCUUGCUCUGGGAAUGUCUCUCUGGAAUCAGCUUGUGGUCCCAGUCCUGUUCAUGGUAUUUUGGCUGGUCCUGUUUGCACUUCAGAUCUACACGUAUUUCAGUACACGUGACCAGCCCACCUCCCGUGAGAGGCUACUCUUCCUCUUUCUUACAAGUAUUGCUGAGUGCUGCAGCACACCCUACUCUCUCCUUGGUUUGGUCUUUACUGUCUCCUUCAUGGCUCUCGGCGUGCUGACACUGUGCAAGUUUUAUCUGCAAGGGUAUCGGGCAUUUAUGAAUGACCCUACGAUGAACAGGGGAAUGACCGAGGGGGUGACACUACUGAUCCUCGCUGUACAGACGGGGCUGAUUGAGUUACAAGUGGUCCAUCGUGCUUUUCUCCUGAGCAUUAUCCUGUUCAUAGUGGUGGCCUCCAUCCUGCAGUCUAUGCUGGAGAUUGCGGACCCUAUCGUCCUGGCUCUGGGAGCUUCUCGAGACAAGAGCCUGUGGAAGCAUUUCCGAGCGGUCAGCCUCUGCUUGUUCCUCCUAAUUUUUCCUUCUUAUAUGGCCUACAUGAUCUGUCAGUUCUUCCACAUGGAUUUCUGGCUCCUGAUUAUUAUAUCCAGCAGUAUCCUCACUUCUCUGCAGGUACUGGGCACUCUCUUCGUCUAUGUUCUGUUUAUGAUUGAGGAGUUCCGCAAGGAACCAGUGGAAAACAUGGAUGACGUCAUUUACUACGUGAAUGGCACUUAUCGCCUGCUGGAGUUCCUCGUGGCUCUUUGUGUGGUGGCAUAUGGGGUCUCAGAGACUGUGUUUGGAGAGUGGACCGUAAUGGGUUCCAUGAUAAUCUUUAUUCACUCAUACUAUAAUGUCUGGCUGCGGGCACAGCUUGGAUGGAAGAGUUUUCUUUUACGCAGGGAUGCCGUGAAUAAGAUCAAGUCAUUACCCAUUGCCACCUGUGAACAGCUGGAGCAGCACAAUGACAUCUGUUCCAUAUGUUACCAGGACAUGAAUUCAGCUGUCAUCACCCCUUGCAGUCAUUUUUUCCAUGCUGGAUGCCUUAAAAAGUGGUUGUACGUACAGGAAACUUGUCCUUUAUGUCACUGCCAGUUAAAAUCUCUUUCUCAGCAAGGAGGGGCAGAGUCUGGAACUAUUGUCAACCCUGUACCUGAUGCCAGCGUACCCAAUCCACAACCCGAAAACAUCUCUACGGGAGUAGAAGGCAACGUGGUCCCUGCAGAAAGACAUCCUGAGCAGGGCAGUGCAGAGUCUGGGCAGAAUAGAGACCCCAAGUCCACAGAACCUACAGAGACAAAUCCAGAACCGAUACAGGACAGUCUCCAUAAAGACACGGGGGGGCUUGAUAGUAUAGAGGAGCCUGGGAGCCUUUUGGGUGCUGUGCAGGCCGAGGACUUAAGAGAGGAGUGUUUUUCCCAAGCCAGUGAGGUUUGUAGGGGGAUCUGAUGUUCUCUUCUGCCUGCUGGAACGUGUCAUUUCCAAGCCAAAUCCUAUCCUUGCCACAUGCAGCAUUCUGCAUUUCCCAGAGAGGACGUGAGGACUUUAGCACUGACACUCAUCAAAGCGUAUGCAAAGUUUUUCCCAUGUGCAGAAUUUUUUUUUUAAUUUUUUUUUUUUUUUUGUAAUGUUUCAAUAUCAAAAGAAGAUCAGUAAAGCUAACAGAAUAAUCUCUUCUCACUGCUGCCAGCCACUGCCAAUGGACAGAGUACUGCUAAUGCUGGUGGGUGCUUUCUAUGGUGGGGGAAUUACAUUUUUUUUAUUUUUAUUCUUUUUUCAUUAUUCAAAAAAUUUGGGAAUAUAACUUUUCCCACUCGGAAGAAUUUCAGGCCAUCAGAGUUUACACAGACGAUAACAAAUCUCAUUCUUUUGCUUUUUGAGAAAUGCCUAAAAGCAUGGGGAAAGAUUGACUCUGUUGGUGUGAAAAAAAGGGAGGCUGCACGCUUGCAUGCUCACUUGCUCGCACUCAAAAUAUACACAAUCUGGCAAAAUUAUAAAAAAAAACUAAAAUUGGGGGCGUCACUGGAAUUUUAAAUGAUGGACCCUGAAAAUGUUUUUUUUUUUUUUUUAAGUUGGUAUUGCAUUGCAGUUCUGCAUUGCCCUUAUAUGAAGUAUAAUUGGAGCUCAAGUGAUCAUGUGACUAUGGGAUGAGCUCCACUGCACAGAAAGGGGCGCGCAAAAUCCUGUUUCUGCAGUCUUCUAUUUAUGAAAAACAGUGUUAAUGGCGAUAUUUGCACUUUUGGAAAUGAGUACAUACCUCUAGUGUACGAUCAAAUACAGCAAAUGCCAUAGUUAGGUAUCGGUAGAUGAUAUAUAUUUUUUGCUUUUGUUUUUAAGUUUGUUUUUUUUCCCUUCAUUUGCCCUGGCCAAAAAUGUUAUGUUGAUUUUUACAUUUGAUUAUGGCUUUAGAUGGAAGAAAAAAAAAUGCUGAAAAAAACCCUUUUUUAUGUGAAUUUUGAUAUAAAAUAAAAACAGAGAAACCAUUAAUUUAUACUAGUAUACAUCGGCUGUAAAGAGAUUGAGUUGUCAAUCUCACUGAUGUGACUUUAUUUUAGAGAAGUGUUUCAUUUGCUCUUUUUUUUAGUGGUACAUUUGGAUGUAGACUGACAGACAUAGCUGAAUGUCUUAAUAAAUUAUAUUUAAACAUGGCACAGUG